ACAGUCAAAAUCAAUCUCAUUUUUCAGGCCAAAGCUCCGAGUGUGAAAACUGGCUUCAAGCACAUGGAUUGGAACCUUAUUAGCAAUGUGUCAGUAGCAUGAUUAAAUGAUGCAUUGUAAUCGCACGUCCUGCACCUCCGUUCACUGGCCCGGGAGAGACCCCACCUCGCUCCUGUCAAUCAGAUGACGUACCCCAAAGGACUGACGCAGGAGGAAGGAGACGCCAUUAGACGAGGAGGGUGGCUUGUUUACUGUUACUGCUCGACUGGGUGAGCCGGCGACUUUUCCCCCGCUGGUCUGCGCUUUCCCUCCCCCUCCGCUGCCACAUCCCACCCCGGUCCCAUGUGAUUGUAUUUGAGGCUUGCUCGGCUUCAUUUUCCUCCCGAUAAUGGCGAGUGGCGGCAAAACCUACUCGUUUAAAGUUGUCCUGCUCGGGGAAGGCUGCGUGGGGAAGACAUCCCUGGUGCUGAGAUACUGUGAGAACAAAUUCAACGACAAGCACAUCACUACGCUUCAGGCAUCAUUCUUGACAAAAAAACUGAAUAUUGGAGGCAAAAGAGUAAAUAUUGCAAUUUGGGACACAGCAGGUCAGGAGAGGUUCCAUGCUUUGGGUCCAAUUUAUUAUAGAGAUUCCAAUGGAGCCAUAUUAGUGUAUGAUAUCACGGAUGAAGACUCCUUUCAAAAGGUGAAAAGUUGGGUGAAAGAAUUACGGAAAAUGUUAGGAAAUGACAUUUCUUUAUGUAUUGUAGGUAAUAAAUUAGAUCUUGAAAAGGAUCGGCAUGUAUCUGUUGAAGAGGCAGAGGUGUAUGCAGAAUCUGUUGGAGCAAAACACUUUCAUACAUCAGCAAAGCUGAACAAAGGAAUUGAAGAACUAUUUCUUGAUCUUUGUAAAAGAAUGAUAGAAACGGCUCAAGCAGAUGAAAGGGCAAAAGGAAAUGGCAAUGGUCAAUCUACAAACAUACGGCGGGGUGUACAAAUAGUUGACGACGAACCCCAACAACAGAGUAGUGGAGGUUGCUGCUCUUAACUGACCAAAACUGUUGAGCUUUGUUUUUUGAAAUGAAGACUGUCAUGUACCACUUCACAUUUAUCAGCAGAAUGUUAAAUGUUUUAAAAUAACUCUUCUUUAAAGGACUAAGUGCUAAACAAGUGGAAUGUGUGACUGGAAGAUUUGGUUUUGCCUGUUUUACACUUGUCUGGACAGAAACGAUCAAUGGCCUUUGUCAUGAAUCUUAUUUCAAAUUGUCUUUUUUUUAAUGAAAAGCUGUACAAUUUGCAUGAAGCAUCAUAGUACGUAGAAGCUCCAAUUAUAUUGUCCUUUUAAAAUCAAAUCUUUAUUAUUUAAUAACUUAUGUACGUGUCGAACAGUAUACAUUUGGCUAUUUUGAACACCUAAUGUGCAAAUUCAGUCAGAUUUUAUAGUUUGAGUAGGGUAUUGCACAGCAUCCUUCCUAUUAUGUGUUAAUUCUGUUUCUUAAAUAUGGUGGAAAUAUGCAUAGCAAAUUUCAUAAUGAAUAUUUUAUCCAGUAUACGAGACCUGUAUAUAUCAAAGUUUGUUUUUCCAAACACCUGGGUGGAAAGGAUUGAGAUAUACUUACAUAAUGGUCCAGAUUUUUAUUGGCUUUGCACAUUCUGGAUUUUAAGCUUUUGUGGAGCUAACUGAUGGAAACAUGCUUAGUACAGUGAGGAGAAACUUGGCAUCUGGGACCUGAGUGAGGAAGGCAGGCAACAGAUCAAAUGAUUGCUAAAUAAAUGGGAAUGGUAGAGAAAAAAUAGUAAAUCAGAAUGGAUGAAAUCCAUCUUGUUUCUGAAUUUGAGAAAGAAAUGAAAGAGAAAGAUUGGAUACAGGGAGGGAAAUAACUACUGUUACUUUUUUUUUAAAAGAAACUGCAACAAUCAAUUCUAAAAGAAUGAUAUGGCAGAGUUUGCACGUUCACUUUCAAUUUUAGAAAGAUUGAUUGCCGUCAGGAAUCCAGGCAUGUCCAGCUUGAUCUAAUAAUCGUCUUUCUGUAAGCACAGUAAACGCAGCACCAGAAGCUCUCAAACAUAUAAGAUCUUGUGUCUUAAAAAAAAAUUCAUGGGCUGUUUCACUGAUAAACACCUGCCAGAAAUGUGGCCCAGAGUUCCCUUGGGUAGCCUGCUUCUACAACUCUUUAUGCAGGGCCUUGCAGGAGCUAUAGUAUUCUUCACAGGAUAGAUGUUGAUAUAAGUAAGAGUGAGGUGACAUAAUCCAAUUGUUUAAACAAUGUAUAUCCUUUAAUCCAACUAUGGGAUUAGGGAUCAUUCUUGUAAUAAAUUGCCUCAAUUCCCUGGUGACCCAGCCAGGACCACACCUAAAACUCAACAUCGCACCAGUUGCAUGGUAAAAAUUCUAAUUUCCCUUCUGCUAAAAAAAAUCUCUGAUUGCAUUAUCACAAUAAUCUAUGGCUUUAAGACAAUUAAGAUUCUGACACCUAUCUAAAGUGGUGUCGGCAUCAGUCCCAGCAAAUUGGAAACUUGGAUCCAUUAGUUUAUCAUCGGUUUUUUUAAAGCCAGUAUAUUUCUUAACAAUAGAGUGGGAUCUGAGUUUCCAACUUGGGCAUCGAAGCUAUCAUGUAGUUAAAUUCAUGCUUAUUUAUGCCUGUAAUGAUGAGGUUAACUUUCUGACAAGAUAAGUUUGUAGACUGUGUGCAAGGCAGCAAAUUCAUACCAUUUCAAAGGUUAUGUGGAUUUUAAUGAAGCUAUAAACACAAUGUCACAACACUUUUAGUUAUGGGAUUUUGGGGUUGCAAGGCCUGUAUUGGCAAUCCUAUAAUCAGAUGGUGACAUCCAGGUGGUGGCUCAACUGCUGCUUGCCUGAAGUUGCUGAAAAGAAAUAUACAUUAGGUAUGUGUGCCAUUACUCUUGCUGUUAAUUUUGAUGAAAAAAUCUGGACAUUCAUGUUUGUCAAAGCAUAGACAGCUAUUGAAAUAAUGCAUAAAAUUGUUCGUGGAGCAGAACAGGAACUGCAUUUAGUUUUGAUCACUAACAGAAAAGCAGUUUCAGCCCCUAAUAAUUUUUGGUUGUCAAAUUAGGCUUUGAAAUGACUACAAUUUGAAGAAUGUUAAUGGUUUUAUGCGUGCAGUAUCUGUGGAGAGAAACUUAAUUGUUUUAUUUGAAUAUAGUUUUAAAGUGUACAUGCAAAAUUUCUUAUUUGUAAAUCUAAAGCAAUGUAAUAAAUGCACUAAUGAAUCAUCUGUUAUAAAACACUGCUC